AUGGACGACUUUUCGACCGAACUUGACGAUUCCGCCCAAGGCGCAACGGAUGCCAAGGGUACCAGCCAGCAACCCGGCAAGCAACCCGACGAGCAGCAGCAGCUAAAGGGGCAGAAGAGAGGAUGGGCAGGACUGUCAGCUCUGCGAGACAAGACCUCGAUCCAGGAUCGACUGGUGGAACGGCUCCUCCAGCAGGUGAUUCCCGUCGAUGGCUCGGUGCAGGACAACAACGAGGCGGUGCCGAAUCCCUUUGAACGGCCCAACUUCAACCUGACAAUCAUGUCCAACAACUUCCGGCGCUUCAACUCGCGCAUCGGAGUCGUCUUCCGGUUCCAGGACAAGGUCGAAGCGCUGCUGUCGUGGCAAACGACAUCCCACACGGUUUCGUACCUGGCCAUUGCGACAUUCAUCUGUCUGGACCCGUACCUCCUGGCAGCGCUGCCCAUAGCGUUCCUGAUAUUCGGCGUCCUCAUACCCGGAUUCGUGGCGAGACACCCGGCGCCCCCCAAGGGCACCCUGUCGAGCGAGCAGAGCAUCGGAUACUCGCCGGCCGGGCCGCCCCUGGCGCCGGCCGCGACGCCCAGGCCCGCCAAGGAGCUCAGCAUGGACUUUAUCCGCAACGCGCGGGACCUGCAGAACCAAAUGGGCGACUUUAGCAACGGCUACGACAAGGUCGUGGAGCUGCUGGUCCCCGUUGCCAACUUCAGCAACGAGGCGCUGUCGUCGACGGUGUUCCUGUUCGCCUUCCUCGGCGGCAUUGUCAUGAUGCUCGCCGCGCACAUGCUCCCGUGGCGCCUCAUCUUCCUCGUCGCCACCUGGGCGCCCGUUGUCCUCUGCCACCCGGCCGUCACGAAGCUGCUCCAUCACGCCCGCCAGGAGCAGGGCAAGGCGCAGGAGACGCUCGCCCGGACGUGGCUGGACAACUGGAUCGCCGACGACGUGAUCCUCGACUCGGCCCCCGAGACGCGCGAGGUCGAGAUCUUCGAACUCGAGCGGAAAUCAGCCACCGGCGAAUGGGAGCCGUGGGUGUUCUCGCCGAACCCGUACGAUCCGCUGUCUCAGGCUCGCAUCAUUGGUGAUCGGCCAAAGGGGACGCGGUUCUUCGAGGACGUCAUGCCGCCCAAUGCUUGGGAAUGGAGCGAGAAGAAGUGGGCGCUGGACCUGUGGAGCCGCGAAUGGGUCGAGGAGCGCAUCAUCACCGGCGUCGAGGUUGAGACGGAAGGUGAGCGGUGGGUGUAUGACAUUUGGAGCGACAAGGGCGAUCGGACGGGCGUCAUUGACACGCCGGAACCCGUAAAGAGCACGGAGAUGGCGAUGCGCCAGACGAGCUGGGAGGAAGGGGAGGAUGCGAUGCAAAGGAGAGGGGACUGGCGAAGGAGGAGAUGGGUACGGUUGGUCAAGAGGAAGGCUGCUCCGGAGUCUUUAUAA